UCGUCGUUCGUUUCGCUUGUGUUUUAUUGCAUGUGAGCUGCUGUUGGUCUGAUUUUCUAGCAUUUCGGACGGUUUGCAGUGCGAUUGUGUGCGUGCGAAGAAAUUAACAACCGGAGAAAGAUAGAAAAAAGACCGAUUCGGUUAAAGUUAUUAUUCAUAAUUUUCUCCAUUAGUUCGAUCCAACCCGGCCAAUUUGGGUAAAUUUAAUAAGUGCAGUGUUUUUCCUCGAUUUCGGGGAGUGAUUGGUUUCAGGCCACACAGUAAACACCGAUUCAUUCCGUAGAAGCGACAAAGAAAAUCGAUCUCAUUUGAUAGUUGUCCCGCAUUCCGUCCGCUACCGCUGCCGUCAAUGAUUUGCUGACAAUUAUUAUUCUAUCUGGAUUAGUUUGCUGUAAUCACUACUGAUAUCGAAUCGAAUAUCUUGGUGACCGCUGGACUGGACCAUAAGCUGUGCUGCGAAAAACAACGACAAAAUGUCGACGGAUUCCGGAAAGAAUUUCUCCAACGUGGAAACGCCGGGCUACGUGGGGUUUGCCAAUCUGCCCAACCAAGUACAUCGUAAAUCGGUCAAAAAGGGCUUCGAGUUCACGCUGAUGGUGGUGGGUGAAUCCGGACUGGGAAAAUCUACUCUGGUCAAUAGUUUAUUUCUUAGUGAUCUCUACCCGGAACGGGUUGUUCCGGAUGCGGUAGAGAAACAGCACCAGACAGUGAAAUUGGAUUCGUCAACGGUGGAAAUUGAAGAGCGAGGAGUCAAACUACGUCUCACGGUUGUGGACACACCCGGGUUCGGCGAUGCCAUCGAUAACAGUGACAGUUUCAGCGCCAUUCUGGAAUUCAUCGAUGAACAGUACGAACGGUUCCUGCGGGAUGAAAGCGGUCUCAACCGAAGGAACAUUAUCGACAACAGGAUACACUGUUGUUUCUACUUCAUUUCACCGUUCGGGCAUGGGCUCAAACCGCUGGACAUCGAGUUCAUGAAGAAACUGCACUGCAAAGUGAACAUCGUUCCCGUCAUCGCCAAGGCAGACGUACUGACCAAAAAGGAAAUCCAGCGCCACAAGUGCCGCAUCCUGCAGGAAAUCGAAGACAACGGGAUCAAAAUCUAUCCACUGCCCGAUUGCGACAGUGACGAAGACGAGGACUACAAGGAACAGGUGCGGCAGCUGAAGGAAGCGGUACCGUUUGCCGUGUGCGGUUCGACUACCCUGCUGGAGGUGAAGGGCCGCAAGGUACGAGGUCGAUUGUAUCCGUGGGGCGUGGUGGAGGUCGAGAAUCCGGAGCAUUGCGAUUUCAUCAAACUGAGGACGAUGUUGAUCACCCACAUGCAGGACCUGCAGGAAGUGACCCAGGAGGUCCACUAUGAAAACUAUCGCUCCGAGCGGUUGGCCAAAUCGGUGCGCAAAAACGUCACCCCCAUCAUCAAGGAUGAGAACGGCACCACCGAGUUGCACUCGGACAAGGAUAGAAUUUUGCGCGAAAAGGAGGAAGAGAUUCGGCGCAUGCAAGAGAAGCUGGCCCAGAUGCAGGCUAAAAUACAAGCACAGAAGUAGAGUCCGGUUGGACACGGGCGAGCGGGCGUGACGGUCGCCAAUCGAAUCAGAACAUUUUAAUCGAAGUGAAGUGGAAAAAAUCAGAACACCGUAGGCAGGUCGGGUAAAAAGAGUGUGAUUUUUAACUGUAACUUAAGAAGCGAAUCACUACCAUUAGUAUACACUUGCGAAACGUAUCAACAAAACCCAAUCCAACCUAGCGCACGAUGUGUCGAAAGUGCACAACAGGAAGAAAGACAACAACAACAACAAAAAAAAUGCGACGCAAAGCAUGACACAACAGCUACUCGCCGUUUAGAUAUUAAAAACAUUCUCUGCAUUGCGAGGGAUCCUUUUUGUUCCAUGAAUAAAAACUAAGUACAAAAAUCCUUCAGCACUUUAAAACAAAUUGUCGUAAUUUAAAUCGAAAACAGAAACCGUUUCGCAGUUUAUUCAUAACUUUUUUUUGGUUUGGCAGCAGCUUGAAAAGCAAACACAAAUAGUCAUGUUUGAGUGCCAUCAUUUCGAACGUUAUUUUUGUUUUGUUGAACCCUGUGUGUUAGGAACAGAAAAAAAAACGAAUAAAACGAAUCUCCGAGCGCGAUGGCUUAUAGAAUACCCUAGGAGGGACCCAGUCUCUGGCGCAGGCAACAUUACAUGUCAAGUGUUUUUGUGUUUUUGCUAUCUUUUAGAGCAUGUACCAUCAGAGCAAUAAAGACGGACGGUAGGAGUAAAGUUUUAUUUUUUGAUAGCUUUUUAUCGAAUUUAAGGUAUGAUAGCGUAUCUAAGUAGUAUUUUUGAGACAUUCACAGAAAUUGCUUGUUUGCUAUUGAUACACAUAAUGCGCGUAUAAUAAUCGAUUUUUUUUAAUAAAGCAGAAAUGCAAAUACAUCAUUAGUUGUUUAGUAGUACUUAAAUCAAGAUUAUAUAAAAUGCGUAACAUUUUGUUUGCACGAAUUCAACGAGCAAAACGAUACAACCAAUGUGUCUGCCAAGGAAUUUUCGUGUCGUCGAUGAUAAGUGAACGAUCGUAUGAUGCGAAGAAGUGAAAUCCAGAAUAAAGAAACAGUAUAUAUAUUUUUUUGGUUUUCCACUAUUGUAACUAUUUUACUAUUCAACGAAAUAUAGGUUUAUGAAUUAUAAUAACAAUA